UCCGCACAUAAUGGCGACUGUAAUGAUCCAGGAGUAAGGUAUAUAGACACCCGUCUACAGAAACUCAUGUCUGAGUACAGAUAGAAUCUCUAUGUAGUAAGACCUACAUGAAAUAUAUCUUUAUUUCCCUAUUUCGGUCAAGUCAGUGGCGUUUUCAGACCCAUUUUCAUGAUUUUUCUAAGCUUUGAUUACUGGAAAUUUGGAUUAUCCCCCUUUACAAAAUUGGUUUAUUUCUCAGGGAUUGAAAUUGUAUGACAUUGUUAAUAAUAAUACUUUUGAAGAUUUCCAACAAAUUAUUAAACGUCACAAAGGUGGCAACACACGACAAACUGUUUUACAGGCUUUUUAUUCAUGGGAGGAGGAUAAGACAUGGUAUAUUUAAUGAUGGGAGGAUUAUGGAAAGAAAUAAACAAUUCAAUUAAUUAUUAGGGAGACAAGUACUGACAAUGCUCCCUUUCCUAUUUCUACAAAAUCAUAUUACAGAGAAAUUAAAAUUAUGAGAAAGAACAGAGGUAAUUUUCCUGUAUAUUUCUAACAAUGUGAAAGGAAUCAUAAGAUAAAUCUAACAUAGCUUGACAACAGUAAAUGGAAUUUGCCUUUAUUUUGAUACCGAUUUGUUUACUGGUCAGUAGGACAAUUAUUCAAAGGCAAAGUUCUUAGUAAAUAGUCUGGUAUCUAGAUAUGUAUAAAGCUAUAAUAACAUUAAUUAUGAUAAAGACCGAAACAUGUUAAACUUAGAGAUACUCAGUUGUGAAAUUAUAUUUUGUUGAUGUAUGUACAUGUAAUGACAAAUCUAAUAUCAGUAUACAUUUAAAUCCUGAAACAAAAUCCAAUUUACAUUCAGUGAAUAUAGAAAAACUUUGUUAAGAACAGCACUUAAUUGUUUUUUUUAUGAAUUCAUUCUUCAGGUUUUUUUCUUAACUAAAAGAUUUUUUUUUUUAGAUGUUUUGUUUUUCUAAUUCUAAGAAAACUCGGAGACUGUUCAUGAAUCCCGGUCUAAUGACCGAAUGUGUUGUCCAACGUGUACAUCCACAACAGACAUUUCAUUGUCUCUAAUUACAUGAAUCGUUCAAUGCUCCCCUUUCCCUGAAUCGUGAUCCUUUAAAAUGGCUGGGUUUCUUUUAAAACUGUAGUCCUCUGUAGAAUUAAAACGAGUCUAAACUUUAAUACGCAUCGGACGGUCUGCACGAUCACAGUAAUAUUAUUUCCCGAUCUGUUCGUGUAACCAAGACCAAAUCUCCCGGGAUUAUAAGACUAUAAGCUUUCGUGCACCUUGGAAGAACUUUAAAUUUCCCCCCUCAUAUUCAGGUUUUGUUUUUCUCAUAACUAUUUAUACCGAUUGACGAGAAUUGGUUGAGGAAUAUGUAAAUUGUGGACCACUAACGGUGCUUAAAUAUGUGAAAUUCAGAACUAUUUAUACUUGAGGAGAAUUGAUUGAGGAAUAUGUAAAUUGGGGAUCACUAACAGUGCCUAAAUAUGGAUGAUACUUUGAGUGUGGGAGAUACGGUGUGUUUGUACUCGGCGGAAAGUUUGGGGUUCAUAUUCGCAACACAGUCCAGCUCCGUACACAAUGAAGUGGCUGUGGGAUCUCGUCAAGACAGGCAGAGGCCUAAUGUACAGGACCAACACGUGAUUUCGUUCCAACUAAAAGUUGCAAAUCGUUACAAAUUGAACAAACAGCUGAAGAAGUUACAGGCAAAGUUAGCAGACGACCCGGACAACAUAUCGUUAAGGAACACAGUGUCAAGGGCAAAGAUCGCUGCUGAAGCAGAAAAUGACGACAAUACUCUGGAGCAGAAGAGACAGCAAGGGAAAAAGGUUCUGUACGGACAAAUUAUUCAGCUCCGACACCUGUUUACUAAUAAAUACAUCCACGUUAGUACCACAAAGACCUCAGACACAGAAUCAAACAACAUGGCGGUGGAGCUCAAAGACGACAAUGCUAAGCAUGCGUUAUUUCGUUUGAUGCCGAGGUAUAAAGUAAAGGCGGAGGGAGACGUGGUCCAAGUUGAUGACCAGGUCGUUUUGGAGAGCGUGAAAUCGCCGGGCUCUUAUCUUCACGUCAGCAAACCAAUGCUGGGUCACAUGUCAGUCUACAGCAAGAGCCAUGAACUAAACGUGUCUGUUCAACAGUCCGGUUUCACAAUCUACCGGAAGUACAAACCUGCGUUAGGAGACAGUAGCAAAAUCAAAUUUGGUGACCUAAUCCGCUUCUAUCACAAGGAAAUGGAGGCGUAUUUAGUGGCCGAGGGACUGUUUGAUGACGAAGUGUUAGAAGAUGUUCACAUGAGAUUGAGACCUAUGGACCAGACCAUCCCUAAGACUUUGUUACCCAGUACUUCCGCCAUCACGUACUGGCAGAUCGAGCGCCAGGAGGGACCAGUGUCUGGAGGAGUGUUAAAAUGGGAACAACAGUGUAAAAUCGUUCACAUGUGCACGAGGAAGUACCUGACGAUCAAGGACGGUCAGGUAGCCUUGACCAGUGACCAUUUAGACCCCACAACUGUGUUCAGACUUCAUCCUGUAAUAAGACAGAUAGUUCGACAACAUUCUUUUUCCCUCGUUCAAAAGGAAAGCAAUGACAUCACUCCGGACAGCUACUGUAGAAUUGAGCACGUGGUCACGGGUCACUGGUUACAUGGAAGUUCAGAAAAUUACAAGAAGAAACAAAUGAGUGGGGAUGACAACACGCAGUCUAUGGCGUCACUGAAGUGGAGCACAGCGGAACUUAAAGAGAUAGAGACAAUAGAAGAAAUGCAGUAUGAUGACGCCUUUACGAUACAGAAAGUACACAAGGAAUUGGUCGGAAUCUUCAACCACAUGGCGGGCAUGGUGCCGUUUAUCCAGAAACUGAUAGCUGAUAAAAAGUCAGGCAUGACAUUAAAUGCGAAGAUGGCUCAUGACGCUGAUUGUGCUUUGCAAGAAUUAAAUUCUUUUAUGGUACUCAAUGGUCAUCCAAUCAAGAAGAGACAGAAAUUGAUGAGAAAUCUUAGGAUUGUCGAGCUAUUGAUCAAGCUAUUACAGAUUCCAUUCAGGGGCACUGUUGACCAGAUUCACAUGACCAAGUUGUUUGUGGAGGCCUAUCGAGUUAUGUACGUGUACCUAAUGGGUGAUAGUCGUAAAAACGAACUUUACAUCGCCAAGUACAUCGACUUCUUCCUGUCACAGUUUGAACUCAGAGAGGGUCAAAUUGGUUUGAAUGCUGUUCACAUGGUAAUGGAACUUAUUCGUGACAACAGAAAAAUCGUGGACAGAAUCUCUCACGCGCACAUUGACAAAUUUGUUGGUCUCUUACAACGCGACAAGAACCACAGAUACUUGGAUUUGCUGGGUGUCCUUUGUGUGUGUGAUGGGGUGUCUAUCGCCGACAAUCAGAACUACAUCACCGAGGUUUGGCUCAUGAAAGGAGGCAAGAGUUGUGUUUACUACACUGACCUGGGGCAAAAGAUUGGAAAAGAAAGCGGCGUGGUUUAUGUGUCCACCACACAGGGAAGAACAUGGACAGAGCUGUCCGAUUUCGCCCUCAGUAAUUCUAGCGAAUCGUACCUGUUUCUGGAACAUCAGUUAGAACUGUUUGGAGAUCUCUGUCACGGUCAGAAUGACUUCUCGAUUAAGAUCAUCACCCAGGAUUUGAACUAUUUGACCUGGGAAGAAGCUUUCACGUGUUUGAGUGACGAACGUCUGCCGGACAAACUCCGAUCAAAGUACUGUGACCUCAUUAUUACCAUGUUUGUUGAUAUUGGUGAUAAUCGCUCUGUGGUUGACCGGGUCAAGCUUUCGUACAUCUAUGAUGAUAUUGACUCAGUGGAGGAUCACGUGGACAAUACACAGUCUAAAACUUAUAAAUACUUCCCAAUGCUCAGUGAAUGGAUCUCCCAUUUUUUGACCACUAACGGAGAUAUGACGGCAUCCACCAUCGGCAACAAUUUACUCGUCAAACAGGUUCUGCGAUUAGUGGACUGUUUGGUGUCGUUUGGAUUCUACUACAAACCAGAAGACAUCGAGAGGUUACUGGAGCCGUUAAUGAUGCUCAUUGAUGGCAGGAAUGAUAAACCUUAUCCAAAUAUCCAAGGAAAAGACACAGAUGAGGUUCUGAGAGUGUACAGAACGAAGGAGAGAUUUGAAAGAAGUGAGGAAACGUCAGCGAUUGUGGAGGCCAAAUGUCAAGCCCUAGAUACGCUUGACCUGUUCUUCAACUACAUUUUCAAUCUGCGAAUGGAGAAAUUCAUGAGCAUGUUCAAAGUAACCCACUCUCAAGCAAACAAUCCAAAUUCUUCUCCGCCUGAACUUGGUCCACUAUUGUCCGAUAAUUUUGACCUGUUUUCCCAUCAUGGGUAAGUGAAUUUACAUUCAUUGAAUUAUAGCGUUUGCAAAUCUUCCCUGAAGAAAUUGAGAGACAUAUUUGAACACACAUCGUUUUUGAAAAAUUAUGAGAUGGUGGAAAUACUAAAGGACCUGUCGUAUUACCAUUACGACGAAAUUAUCCGCAUGUCCAUGCAUCUUUUGAACAGAUAUUUCUCUGCUCAUCAUCAGCUAUUCACAAACAUUGUUCAGGCUCAGGUACUGAUUACUGACCAAUCGGUAGCUGUAGUGGAAUCUUUGGAAACACUGCUUCCAAGCCUCAGAAGACUGUCGUCUGCUAAACUUAGCAACCAGCAGGCGGACGACCUCGUUGCCAUUCUAGAUGAACUUAUAUUAAUGUGUCAUUUAGAAAAAGAACCUGCAGAAUCACACGGAAUGAAUCAGAGCAUUCUAUAUAAUCAAGGUGUGAUUGAAGACAUGUUCACCAUCCUCCAGCAGGAUAUCGACGUCCGACUUCUGGACCAAUAUACAGGUCAAAGAAAGGUUCUACAGCGGGCAUUUAUCCUGCUGAAAUUGAUGGCUAGAGGAAAUAAACUGGUUCAGAGUCGGUUGUACGAUCGCCUGGACAUGCUGCUGUCGAAAAAAGGAGCGGAGGAAGAACUGGCAGAAUGUAUCACAGAGAUUUUUACUGGAAACUCCAAGACAUGUAUGAAGAUAACUACCUACCAGGUUCAUAAGAUUAUGACGCUAGUGGUCACUCAUAAGGAAAAUGUGCCUCAGCUUUUGGAUUUGCUGAAUGCCAUUGUAAAAGUAGAGGAGCUGGAUCUUCCAUUAAAAAGAAAUCAAAGCUUUGUCAUGCAGUACUUCAUGCAAUACAGGUCUGAUAUUGCACAGGUGAUUGACCAAGACGAACGCACAAGACUGCAGAUUCUGAUAAACCCUGGGGACACAAAGUUACAAUACUUAAUUUCUAUGGUGGAUAUGCUGGCAACUUGUACAGAGGGUGAAAAUAGACACAUAGAAUCAAUCUGUCAGACGAUAUUCACGAUUCCCGAACUACUGAAAAUACUGACGGAUAAGGCUAUCUGCAACAAUUUCAAACUUCCCUUUCUUCGAUUCUUUCUCUGGGUGUAUCUUAACACUGCAGGGGGAAUGAUAGAGAGUGGAGCUGGUGACAUGCCACACGAUGAAUUAAUGUGGGUGUACCUCUCUGAUGUAACAACUAUCCUGGAUAGUGUGGCAAUGCUUGCAAAGAACGACGCGGAAACAACCACAAUGCUGUUAAAAUCACCUCCAUCGAAGAGGUACUUUAUGACAGUAUCACGCAGGGGAAAUUCCGAAGAGGAAACCAAAGGAACACUUCACUAUAUAUUUGAUGGAGUCAUGCCCUUUCUUCAGAUUUUCUGUAGAUCGUUUUAUCAACCGGAUUCCUCCCUGUUUCCCGAAGAACCAGAAAAAAUGGACAAACUUGCAAAUUCAUUUAAGAAAUUUAUGGAGGUAACUGCACCGCUGGUUUGUAUAGAAAGACAGAUGAAGAACUUAGUGUCCUGCAUGACGUCACUAUUGUCGGCUUCCACUCUCUCAGUCAAUGUAAAUAUUUGUUAAAAUUGAAAUUUGAUUAAAGUCAUGGAAGAAUUCCAGGAGAAAUAUGGUGGGUUGACGGGCUCUCACGAUAUUCGAAGCGAUGCUAGAAAGGCUUAUGAGUCUUACUAUGAGACGGAGGAGGACAUCAACAGACAGCUGAACAUUUUUUCUGUCAAUAUGAGAGUUGCUUACGGUGGUCCCAACACUGUGGAGGCUCAGAUUGGUUACAACUCAAACGCAGUUUAUUCCGAGAUAGGCGGCGACGAAGAGCUACCCCUCGGACAAGAGUUUCAGGACCACCUCCGAUGUUUCAUGGACAAUGGCAAAAAGGACCCUGUGGAGCGUUAUCAGAUGAGCGAGAAACUUGUUAGACAGUUGAAAAUAUCAAAUCAAUUAACGCAUCUAAGUGAAAAAGAAAAAUUAGAACAAGAAAAAUUGGAUGUGAAAUGUCUACAGCUUCUUCGUGCAAUGAUUUAUAACGAGGUGGUCAAGCUUCCGGAUGACUGGGAGGCGGAGGUGUCUGUUCACCGGAAGAAGCUGAAGGCCAUCUCGGACGUUCAGGAUGCUUUUAAUCAUUUUGACGUUGUGAUAAGCGUUAUGGAACACCUGAACCGUCCGCAGGAUAAUGUGGUCCGGGAAACCUUGUCCUUUAUAUGCAUGCUGCUCUACAAUGGAAACGCUAAUGUUCAGGGUAAACUCUAUGAGUUUUUCACGGGUACAAGAGAGGAGUCGUUUUUCUUCACGCUGAAAGCCCGAAUGCAGAUGUCGGCAAUAGCAACCCGAGAGAAGCGACUUCUACACGCGAUGUAUCAAGCUAAGGUAGAUGAAGCGGUCCAACAGGCCAAAGCCCUACAGAAAGCCAUGACAAGCGGCAAAUUGGCGGAGAUGGAAAUAUUAAAGGCCACUAAAAUUGGAUCCAUGCUGUCAUUGGCGAAGAAAUCCAUGGCAAAUCUGCGUCCCGGUAGUACCUUACCAAUGGGAUCCCCAAGACCACCGUCGCGGUUCGGAGCCAAAUCAAAACUAAAUGGAGGAUUUAGUCGAGAGAAUACCUUAUUCAGUAGAACUAACACCACAUUAGACAACAAUUUUCUUCAGGCUCCAUCUUUGACAGUAAACAAUGUCCAGAAAUCCACUCUUCAUAUGAAUGGCAUUGUGACUGGAUUCUCCAAUCCGAAAACGAAAGUAGCGCCGGUUGAUGACCCUCCUUCCAUUCAAAUUGAGAAGGUGGAUGAAGAUGAGUUAAAGGAGUUGAUGGGAGCAGCAAUGAAUUUGACUGGAGAUUUCACAUUCAGGGACGACGGAUACAUAGAGCUGUUGCUACGGAUGCUGGGAUUGAUGUGUGAUAAUCAACAUUUCGAACUCCAGAACUACAUUCGAGAGCAGUUCGACAACAUCAAGUCUGUAAAUCUAGUCGCAGAAACCACACGUUUCCUUAACAUCCUGUAUGCCAACAUUAAUGACAAAACCAUGCCAUUGGUCGUACAACUAUUUGACACAUUGGUGGAAUUCUCUUCGGGCAAUAAGAAGAACCAGUCUGUGAUAUUUGAAAAUAAAGUAUGUGACUACAUCAACCAUAUCCUUAGAGUGGGACAUUUUCUCAACUGCGGGGUGAGAGAGGAAUAUAUCCUGAAAAAAUCCAUUGCGGUGUUGAUAAGAUCUCUGACUGAAGAAAAUACUCCAGAUGAAGAAGAAGAUAUUAUGGCUAAGAAAGUUUUAAAUGCAGAAAUGCCGGUUGCAAUGAGCACAUCGCAGGAAAUUAUGGAGUAUCUAGACGAGGACCUCUGUGUCAACACGAUGACGGAAGCGUAUACAAUUAUCAUGAGACAACAUCCUGAUUUUAUAGAAUUGUACGAGUUGAUAGAGAGCACAGGCUUUGCAUACUUUCAUAUACUUUGUCGUGAAAUAGACAUGGAUCCAUCACUAGGAAAAGAGAAUUUAGGGAAGACACCCAUGCAGAUAAUGGCUUGGGAUUACUAUGCAGCCAGCAGUUUAUCCAUUGAGAUUCUGAAGGACGAUGUCCUACAGAAAGUUUACUUCCGUGUCAAGGACAGAAAUGUACUGAGAGAGGAAAUCAAAGAGAAAUUUAAGUAUGAAGUGGAUAGGACUUCCCCCAGCAACAAAAUCCGAGACUUCAUGGACUGGGCCAGCGACAUCAUUCAGGAUAUAAAAUACCAACGCAAGGUCCGCGCGAAUCCCGUGGGACGGUUAUUACUGAAGCUGUGGCUUCCUAUGAACUACAUUGCUCUGCUCUUGAGUUUUAUAAUUAGCUGUGUCAUCAUGGUUACGUGGAGGGAUCCAAAGAACGCGGACGGAACUUCAAAUACCGGGAGUGUUAUCCCUGAGUUCGCCAUCAACAGCAACACCUACUAUCUAUUGCUGUAUGUAGGUGGAGGCACGCAUAAUUUUCUCAGCUUGUGUAUACUGAUCACGUUUCUUUUGUCCAACCAACCGACGUUUCCUCUUUACAACUGGAUUAAACAAAAAAUGUCUGAUAAUGACAGUGGUGAUGAUGAUGACGUCAGAUCCUGGCAUGAAAAGAAGUCAGACCAGUCACACCUGGAGUUUGAGAUUUACAAUAUAUACACUAUUUAUUAUUUCUUGUUUUUCGUGUGUUCCGUUCUUGGCACCGUUUAUUACGGGUAUUUCUUCUCCUUCCAUCUCCUCCAUAUAGUUGAAUUGAAUCAGCUACUAAAGAGGGUACGACAAGCAGUGACCACAAAUGGAAAAUCUUUACUAAUGGUGGCCCUGCUUGGUUUGGCCAUCUUUUUCUGCUACUCCCUGGUAGCUUUCGCCUUUUUGCGGGAAUCAUUCUUUCAGGAAAGUGCGGGACGACACUGCCGAACAGUGUAUCAGUGUUUCAUCACCAUGAUUCACCAUGGUUUCGUUGACUCGCCAUAUACGACUUUUGAAGGUAUUAUGAAUGAUAAUUUUCAAGACGUUAUAACGGUCACGAUAUUUGACGUCACUUUCUUCAUUCUCAUCACUACCAUUGGAUUGAACAUAAUCUUUGGUAUAAUUGUGGACACAUUCUCUCAACUUAGAGACGCUAAGUGGGACAUAGACAAGGAUAUGAGAAACAACUGCUUCAUCUGCAGCCGAGAAUCAUAUGAUUUCGAACGACACGGCGGGGGUUUUGAGAAACACGUGAAAUUGGAACACUAUCAAUGGUCCUACCUUUUCUUCUUCAUACACCUUACUGAAACACGUCCUAACGAUUUCUCUGCCUUAGAGUUACUGGUCCAUAAUCAGCUGGAGAAGAAUAUUUACGAUUUCUUUCCUCUGAAUCGGGCCUUGAGUCUGCAGAACGAGGAGGAUUCUAACGAACGAAAAGUGGAGAUAUUACGAAUACAGGUGGAUUACAUGGUCAACAAGAUGAAGGAGGAGGAAGCCGAAAAGGAACGUCAGAAAGAGAAGCAAAGACAGUUGGCUUGGGAAGCGGAACAUAAAGCCCACGCUACCACUAACGUGACAAAAGUGACCAAUCAUAAGUAGUCUCAGACAAUCCGGAAGAGCAUUGAUAAGAAUCGAGGAGAAAAAACGUUACUUAAAAACAGUUUAGAAAAUAGACAAAAACAGAAUAUAGACAAGAAAUGUAGGUUUCCAAGAAAACUCAGCGAUGUGAAACAAAAGCAAAGCUCUCCAUUAAUAGUCGACCUCCAUUUAUGAUUUAUUUAUAUUUCUUUGAAGAUUGUCAUUUCUUUAUUAUGGUUGAUAUUAUUUUUAUUUCGUUGA